AACAAUCAAUUCUUUUGUUUUUCAGCUCCAAGAAGAGCGGGGGUUUUGGGGGCAUGUUCGGGAUGCUCAAGGGCCUCGUGGGCUCCAAGAGCCUGACCCGGGAGGACAUGGAGCCAGUUCUGGAGAAGAUGAAGGACCACCUCAUCGCAAAGAAUGUCGCAGCCGACAUCUCCUCCAAGCUCUGUGACUCUGUAGCCAUCAAACUGGAGGGCAAAGUCAUGGGCACAUUCACCACUGUGGCCUCAACUGUAAAGCAGGCCUUGCAGGGCUCUCUGGUGCAGAUCCUGCAGCCCAAGCGGAGGGUGGAUAUUCUGAGAGAUGUGAUGGAUGCGCAGAGCCAGCGGAGGCCUUUUGUCAUCACUUUCUGUGGGGUCAACGGGGUGGGGAAGUCCACCAACCUGGCCAAGAUCUCCUUCUGGCUGAUAGAGAACGGUUUCACUGUGCUGAUCGCGGCCUGUGACACGUUCCGAGCCGGAGCCGUGGAGCAGCUGCGCACUCACCAGCGCCGCCUGAACUCUCUGCACCCCCCCGAGCAGCACGGGGGCCGCCCCGUGGUCCAGCUCUAUGAGAAGGGCUACGGGAAGGAUGCUGCUGGGAUCGCCAUGGAGGCCAUUGCCUAUGCCCGCAACCAGACUUUCGACGUGGUGCUGGUGGACACUGCUGGGCGUAUGCAGGACAACACGCCCCUGAUGACAGCGCUGGCCAAACUCAUCGCGAUCAACAUGCCUGACCUAGUACUGUUUGUUGGAGAGGCUCUGGUUGGCAAUGAGGCAGUUGACCAGCUGGUUAAGUUCAACCAGGCUCUGGCCGACCACUCCAUGUCUGAAAAGCCUCGCCUCAUUGAUGGGAUUGUUCUCACUAAGUUUGACACCAUCGAUGACAAGGUAUGUGAUAAUGGAGUUUUGUAGACUGACCUGUAAGUUACUUCACAAGA